CAUGGCGACGCAGUCACUAUCGGUCGGUCUGCCGUCUUUCGCCGGUAAGGGCAGUGUCUCUCGUUUCAUCGCGGACUUUGACACGUUUGCAGUCCUACAAGGAUGGGAUGACGAUAAAAAAGUAGCUCUGCUGCCUCUGUGCUUGUCCGGAAUUGCGAGGGACGCCUAUGAUGCCUUCCCGACCGAGUGCAAGAAGAAGGUAGGCGACGCGUGCAAGAGAUUGGAACUGGCUUUCCCCUCCGGCGACAAAGUCGAGGCACAGGUCCAGCUCCGGUCUUUGAGACUCACAACAGAUGACAGCCUUGAUGCUUUUGUGGUGAAGCUUCGAGGGCUAGUCAGUCGCGCAUUUCCCGACACCCGACAUACCGAUCAUGACCCCUUGCUGUACAAUUACUUCCUCCAAUCACUGCCACCGACAUAUCAACAAGCGCUAAUAGGCGAGGGCAUCCAGACGUUCGACAGUGCGGUGGCAAAGGUGAGAAACCUCUCAUGCGCCGCGAAGGUGGCAGCGAGCCAGACGGUUCGGCAAGUAGCGGCUACAGACGAGACAGACCUACUUCGUCGGAAAGUUCAGGAGCUGGAGUUGAAACUCUCGCGACUGGAGCGUCCGCAGGUAAGCGCUCGUUCUCCCCCAGUGUCCAGCAGCGGCCGUACUUGCUUCUGUUGUGGGAGGCCCGGUCACAACCAGGCGCGGUGUCGGCAAAGGCACCUGCCGUGUCAUGUGUGUGGGACCAAAGGACACUUGGCCCGGAUGUGCACGCAGCAGGUAAACCCCCAGCGGGCUGGGCCCGGCCCCGACCCCAGACCCGAGCAGCAGCGGACCCCAGUCUCAGGGUUCCAGCGGGGACCAGGUCCACAUCAGUGGGAUGCCAGACCACAGGACCAGCGGCCGCAGCCGUUGCAGCCGCCCCGGAUGGCCCAGUCGUUGCAGCCCGAGCAGGUGAGAGGACAGUCCACUUGAAUGCUGACAUGACAUUUGACGCUGAUGUGGGAGGUGUGACGUGUUCAGUGACGCUGGACACCGGCAGCAGCAUUAAUAUCAUUCACAAAUCCGUUUUUGAUGUGCUCCCCAAGGCCCCUCCCCUUUUCACUACGGCCACAGUGGCACACACGGUUAGCAGGGACCCCCUACCACUGAUCGGUCGUACACAGAUUGCCGUUAAAGUUGCUGGAGAAGUAGUGGUGGUUCCAUUCUAUGUUUCGGAUCAGAUUGACUGCACUGUUUUGUUGGGAUUGGAGUUCUUUGGCGUGUGCCCGUGUGUUCUGGAUCUCACCAAGAGUCAGCUGAUCCUCAGCUCUGCGAAAAUGGUCAGAACCAUCUCCGCUUCAGUCUUCUCGGUGGGUAAGGUGAUUUGUCAGAGAGACAUCGCGGUUCCGGCCGGACACGAGGUUUUCUUUCCAGGUUUUGUUCCAAACGUCGACUUCAGAGGGCCAGCACUGUGCGAGCCAUUGCUUGAAGUCCCGGGACUCGAGUUGGUUCCUUCCAUGGUGCAGGUAAACGGUCAGAGUGUUCCGUGUAUUGUGAGAAACAUUACAACUGAGCCGGUCACGAUCCCCAAGCGUGCGGAGAUCGGUAGACUGGAAGUUGGCGUGGCUGAGUUUCCAGUCCCUUCAGGUGACGCAGAUCCCAAUUGGCGUGAAAAGAUAGACCUGUCAGACACAGACCUCAGUAAGGAGCAGAAGGAGAAGGUGACCGAGCUGCUGACCAAAUAUAGUGACAUGUUUGAUGGUCGGUUGGGCUUCACAUCCGCGGUGGAGCAUCACAUCGACACAGGUGACAGUCCGCCGAUACGUUCAGCACCCCAUCGCGUCCCACCAUUCCUGGAGGAUAAGGUAAGGGCCGAGAUACAACGCUUGGUGGAUCUAGGGGUUCUGGAAGAGUCGAAUGGAUAUUGGAGUAGUCCUGCAUGCUUUGUCGCAAAGAAAGAUGGACGAGUCCGGAUCUGUGCUGACCUCCGAAAGGUUAACGCUGUGACUAAGAUGCCUGCUUAUCCUGUCCCCAGAAUAGACACGAUUCUAGAUUCCCUGGGUGGAAAUUCAAUGUUCUGUGUGCUUGAUCUUCGCAUGUGUUACUUUCAAAUCGGUGUAAGAGAAGAGGAUCGUCCUAAAACGACUAUCGUCACCCCGUUCGGCGCUUGGCAGCACCUUCGGCUCCCGAUGGGACUCAAUGGUGCCGCGGCUAGCUGCGCCCGCAUGCUCGAUAUUGUUUUGCGCGAUCUUCCCAAGGGCACGUGUCAUUCCUACUUUGAUGAUGUUUGUUUGGGUGGUAAGACGUUCGAGGAGACACUUGAGAAGCUCGAGCUAGUUCUAGACAGGCUCCACCGAGCCGGUCUCACGAUCAAUCUGGAAAAGUGCUCCCUGUUCCGUUCGAGUGUCAAAUUCUUGGGACAUGUGGUGGAUGAGAGUGGCUUGUCUCUCGACCCCGACCGUGUGAGCAAAGUGCGCGACUGGCCGAUUCCGCGGACAGCCAAGCAGCUCUCCUCAUUCCUAGGGCUGGCUGGUUACAUGCGCAAAUUUGUCAAAAAUUUUGCGAGCAUCUCUGCACCGCUCUUCAAGCUGUUGCAGAAAGACGUGAAGUUCCAGUGGUCAGAGGAAGCGCAGUUCUCGUUCGACCGGCUUCGCAAAGCCCUCAGUGAAGCCCCAGUAGCACUAGAGAACUCGAACAGAAGUCAUCAGAAGAAUAAGGAGAUUUAUGAUAGAAAGCUAAAUGAGAAUAGUUACCUACCUGGAGACAAAGUGUAUCUGCAUAAGGGAAUCGUUCCGCGCGGUCAGUAUUAUAAGUUUUUGCGUCCUUGGAAGAGAGCAGUAGUAGUAGAUCAGGUCGGUCCUCUGAACUAUAGGAUCAGACUAGAAGGAGCUAGGUCUACGCUCAUCGUACACCACAACAGGUUGAAGCCUCGAGUGGAUACCGGAGAAGGUGAGUCACCGGUGACCGCACCGACAGCGUCCGUCUCACGGGCGGACCCCGCCGCGAGACCACAGCCGGCUGUCGGGACAGCAGCAGGCGUGACCUUUCCGACAGGCCGAAGGAGGAUGGAUGGUGUCAGUGACAAUCAGCGGGUAAGUGGUGCGCAGUGUGAAGGUAGGCCUAGUUGCCAACCAGCUGACGCCGCUAGUCUUGACGACUCAGGACCGCCGGCCCUGUCCCUGCUGAAUCCGUUCGCCAUAUCUUUCGCCCCGCAGACACUCCCAGUUCAGACAGAGACAGCGCGUGAGACACGUGAGACGCCAGAGGGAGUCGCAGAACCGAUAGCAGGUUCAGCUCCGACUGGAGCAGCAGAGGUGCCGCCCGACGUGGCGAACACUCAGGUUACCGCAGAUAUGCGCAGUCCCGAAUUGCGUAGGUCAACACGAGUAGUCAUUCCUCCCGACAGGUAUUCGCCGUGAUUUUCCGUUGUGGGUACCUAUCACACAGAGCUGCUGUGUGCUGCUGUCGUUUUUAAUGUUUAAUACUGGGUGAAAGGCAAUGACAUUGGGCGAUAACUUGACUUGUGAUUCCUAUCGUAGUAAGAACAGCUGCAAGCGAGCCUUAGUGUUACCUCUGUACAAUGGGCACCUAGGUAGUUCUCUAGCGAAUGGAGAAGCGCACGAGCUGAGCUGCAAUACGGAGUUAUUCAGUUGAGACCGAACAUGUUUAGCCGUCCAGUUAAAAAAAAAAGUUCCUUUGUUCGUAGGUCGAUGCGUUGUAUUGUAUGUGUAAAUAAUCGAGAAGUUUCUUCGCGUUAGGGAGGAAGGGUGUAAGCGGAUUUCCGCUUACAUGUUAUGCGAGCGGAUACUGGGCCUACCAGAAGUGAAAGUGGCAACUCUAAAUUCGUCCUGUGCUGCAAUAAUGUCCUUGGUUUGUUGUCGCGUGUUUAGUGCUAUUUAGUUAUGAUACUGAUUUGUAAUGACUAUUUUAUUAUUUGAUAUUGAUCGGUACCAAUGUUUCUUUAGUUAUGUGUCAUAUUUCUUAUCCGAAGAGUUUUAGACUUCCUGUAAUGAUUUCGUCCAAUGAUGUAGCUGCGCGCCACGCGAGAGCCAAUCAGGUAACCGUUUAUUCUGACCAAUGAGAGAGCAGCCGAAUUUCCGUUGAGCCCCCGUCGCGUCCAGAGCGGGAAUUCGGUGCGCCGCGACAUGGCGAGGAUCGAGAUGUGCUUGGAUUGCGCCUGCUUGAACGGUGGGUUUCAACUUUCGUGAUAAUUACUGUUUAUUUUAUUUCACAUUCUCUAAUAACGGGUUUUGAUAUUUCGUGCCGGCUUUGUAUGUGUCGGGAUUGUGACAGUUGUUUGUCUUUUCUUUCUAGGGCGUUUCAGUUUGUUUGUUUGUCUGCUGAAUACACGCUUGGUUGGCUCCGAGUUCGGCGUGUGCCUCUGACGCCAGCGGCCGGGGCUAGACGCUUACAUAUAUCCUCUGUCCUUGGGGGAUCUUGCUGCCAAGUUGAGGCACUGUUGCAGCUGCCGUGCUGCACCUCCUCGCCAUGAGCUGCAUGAGGCUGCCCUCACUCGCUUCUCUCUGCCGCUGUUCGGUGCACCCUGCACCUGCCUGGCUGGACUGCAUGUCACUGCAGGUGCCUUCUGCAGCUGGUGUGGCCAUUAUUUCGCGGAAAUGGAGCCUCCGGAAAGUGAUCUUUGGCUUGAAAGAUCAUGGCGGCCAACCGGCAAGUCGUCCAGCAGACUCUGUCUGGCAUGAAGGUGCGUGUGGACAUCUCCGUCAGCCCGCUGGAGAAGGAGGGUGACACUGCGUCCUCCUACCAACUCACGUUGGACAAUGGCCGACUGACGGAGGAACAGCGGCGGCACUACGAGGAGAACGGCUUCCUGGUGGUGAAGAAACUGGUGCCCGAUGAGCUGCUCGACAAGUUCAGGGCUCGCUUCCUGGACAUUGUGGACGGUCGGGUGCCCAAGUCGCAGAUGACGAUGAUGAAGGACAUCGCGCUGCGCGGCCGCGCGGACGUGCCGCAGGAGCGGGUGGUCAACAAGCUGCAGGACUGGGUCUGGGACGACGUGCUCUCCCAGUUCGUACUGCUGCCACAGAUCCUGGACUUGGUGGAAGGUUUCCUCGGAGAGAACAUCAUGGCCAUGCACACGAUGCUGAUCAAUAAACCACCGGACGCGGGCACCAAGACAUCGCGUCACCCAAUGCACCAGGACCUGCACUACUUCCCGUUCCGGCCGGCCGACCGGAUCGUGUGUGCGUGGACGGCCAUGGAGCGGGUCCACCAGCAGAACGGGUGUCUGUUCGUGGUUCCGGGAUCGCACCGGAUCCCGCUGCAGCCGCACGAAUACCCCGAGUGGCAGGACGGCGUGAACAAAAUGUACCACGGCGUGCGCGGCUACGACGACCAGGCCAAGCUGUACGUGGAGAUGGAGAAGGGCGACACGGUGUUCUUCCAUCCGCUGCUGCUGCACGGCUCCGGCGCCAAUAUCACGCAGGGCUUCCGUAAGGCCAUCUCGUGCCAUUUCGCCGCCUCCGAGUGUCACUACAUCGACGUGCGAGGCACCAGUCAGCAGAGCCUGGCCGACGAGGUGAUGAAACUCGCCGAGAAGCGCGGCAUCUCGGUGGACGACAUAUCGUUUGCCGACAUCUGGAGGUUCCGAUCCCGUCUGGUCAGAGGCAAGCAGGCGAAACUCUGAACGUCACUGCCAAGGCUCAGCGUCAAACGCAAAUGAAUGCCGCAACACUAUCAAACUCCAAAUGGUGCUAGCUAUAUCAUAGAAUCUACCAAGUGUCGGUCCUAGGCAAGGACCACCAUGUUUAUCUCUGCGUGACGACUAUGAUAUUAGGCGACAAAUCAGUCAUGUGUGGCCUGUGUUUCUGGGUAGCGGACUGCCCUUACGCUGUAUGUAGUGUGUAUCAAAACCUCCGCGAGGGCUUCCAAGAACCGAACCCGGUGGUUCUGAGUCAACUCAGCUCAGAGAGAUGAAGUGGGUCUUCCCGUGCGCUCGGGCGGGUCAUUUUAGUGAUAGUCACUCCAGCACGAGGUGUGUGAUUAUUUACGGAUUGUAUUGGAUUGGAUAAAAAUGUGCGACUGACGCUUAGGACGGUGAUGUUCAGUGUGCGGCAUGUGGUUUCAAUGCAACUGAUCGUGCUUCUUUUAGAAUUGUGACUAUCUGUUGGUAGUCUAAAUGAAUUUUUAUUUUCACGAGAGGAUGAUUCCUCGGUAAGUGAAUGAAUCACUUAUGUUAGCUGAUCGGUGAAAGACGUAGCUGUUCGCGACGUGGCCAGACGGGGCUGUUUGAUGAUGUGCUCAUGUGCAGAAUGAUGGCUUUAGUUAUUCUGAUAAUAUAAUGACAAGACGCCA